UGCAACGCCUGCGCACAUGAGCACUGUCAAACAGCACCAUCAACAGACAGGGACAAACAGCCAGAGGAGAGGCACAAGCUGGCGUUUUGUUUACCUCCAAAAGAAGAUAAUUUUAUCUCAACAUGUCGGGAUUUGACGAGAACCCCUUUGUAGAUGCAGUGGAUGUCAAUCCUUUCCAGGAUGCCUCAGUCACACAAAUCACCAGCGGUGGGAUUGAAACCGUUGAGGAAUUCAACCCAUUCUCAGCCAGUGCUAUGGGCACCCACACUGGGACCACCAUCCCUAUCUCUGCUGCCUCCUCCCAACCAGCUGUCCUACAGGCUUCUGCUGUGGAGCCCACCCCACAAGCGACUGCGGCUGCUGCCCAGGCUAACCUGCUCAGGCAACAGGAGGAGCUGGAGAAGAAAGCUGCUGAACUGGAUCGGAAAGAGCAGGAGCUCCAGAACAGGCCUGGAGGCCACAUUACAAAAGAAAACAACUGGCCGCCACUUCCCAAGUUUUCCCCCAUAAAGCCUUGUUUCUACCAGGACUUCAACGAAGACAUCCCUGAAGAGUACCAGAAGAUAUGCAAGAGGAUGUACUACCUUUGGAUGUUUCACAGUAUCACACUCUUCCUGAACCUUCUGGCCUGCCUGGCCUACUUCACGGCCGAUCCAAACGCGGGGGUGGACUUUGGUCUGUCCAUCCUCUGGUUCGUCCUCUUCACCCCCGUCUCUUUCGUCUGUUGGUACAGGCCAGUGUACAAAGCCUUCAGGUCGGACAGUUCCUUCAGCUUCUUCUUCUUCUUCUUUGUUUUCUUCUUCCAAGUGUCUGUCUACAUCAUCCAGUGUGUUGGGAUCCCCAAGUGGGGGAACAGUGGAUGGAUUUCGUCCAUCACCAUGAUAAGAAGCAACAUGGCUGUAGCUGUGGUCAUGAUGGUUGUGGCCGGCUGUUUCACUGUGAACGCUGUCCUCGCCAUCAUCCUACUAAAAAUGGUCCACUCCAAGUAUCGUCGGACGGGGGCCAACUUCACCAAGGCCCAGCAGGAGUUCUCUUCGGGGGUCCUCACCAACCAGACCUUUCAGAGCGCCGCGGCCAGCGCCGCCUCCUCAGCCGCCCAGGGGGCCUUCCAAGGACGCUAGUGAUCCUAAAGCCACAGGGCCAGGUUCCUCCUAACCUUCCUAGGCACCUCUCACUCACUCAAAGCCCCGUUUUGUCUCAUGGCAACAGAAAUGGCUGACAGGACAGAAACUAGACUGGUAUACAGGAACAUUACAAUUUACUGCUGUAUCAUGGACAUUCUCUAACCACGGCCAUUGAUGCAUAAACCCAAUUCAACCUCUAGCCCUGUGUAUUCAAUGUGGUGGAAACUCUGCUUAGCUGAUCAGAGGGUAUAAAUGAAGCUAUUAUCAUGUUGAUUGGACUUAUCCAAGUGUCUGGGGGGUUGGUUUGGGGUGUCUAGCUGGUGGGGGGCUAAGGUUGGUUUGGGAUUGAGCACCAGAGUUUGGCAAAGUGUCCAUGUUGGUACCAAACAUUCCAUGACAAUAAUGUAAACUUUAAUUCUAAGUAGAAUGUGAUACGUUAAGAAAGCGAAUGCGUAAACCGUCUUGCUCGUCUCCUGUAGGUUUUAAUGCUAUUACACUAUGCUCCUAGUGAAUGAGGAAUGCUCUUCCUAGAAUACUUUACAUUGUCACUUUAAUCCUCACUAGAAUGAAAUAGUUUGGUACCAGCAUGGCGCUUAUUAUCAUAAAAAUACAAUCUCAAAUUAAGUUGUGUUCAGUAUAUCAAUUGCGCUGUCCCAUAGUCUAGUCUUUACCUCGUUAUGUUCUCUUCUUCCUCACUGUACUGCCCUAUCCAGACACUCAAGUCCUCUUCUCAGGACAUACUGUACCUUUUAACGCAGAGAUCUCCAACUCUAGUUGUGAAGAGCCACUGUUAGUGCAGGAUUCUGUUCUUUCCUAACACUAAAAGGGUUUGGGUACAAAAACAUUAGUGAAGUGGGCAUCUGAGGGAAAAACACUGAAAUGUCUACUGAAGGAAUUACAUUUUGUGAAGUUUACAUUGUUGUUGAGGUUUAUUUUUGCUCUGAUGAUAUAUUGAAGGGAUGAAUGGUUUUAUUUUCCUUAGAUUUUUUUUUGUGAUUUCAUAUUUUACUGUUCUUCAAUCCCUCAGUAGGGUUGGACUUGCUGAAGUAUGAUAAGGCAACUGCUGUGUUUUUGUAGAUACGAUAAUGAAGAUAUUGGGUGACGGUUUAACUAAAUGGGAAUUACUCUAUACUCAGAUGUUAGUGCACCACCCCCUGUAUCCCUCCUACUGUACUUUAAAGUAACUGUCCAGUGAAAAUCUCACUUUUUAAAAGUUCAUGUUUUGUUAACUCCUACUCAAAUAAUGUUGUUGACUCAUCCUAUACUCAUAUUUUUGUCAAAACCAUAAAUUGGAGAAAAAACACUUCAAAACCCACCUCAAACAAUUUAAAAAUGCUUGCUAUUUCCUCAGAGGAGGAUGAGCUGGCCAAUCAGUGGUCUACUCGCAGUCAUAUUUUUAAUAACCGGUAUACGCCCACACCAUUCUGUUGUGAUACGCCCAUACCAUUCCAACACAGAAUAGCUGUUUUGUUUAUCGUACUUAUUUAUUUUAAUUGGAAGGAAAACUAUUUGUCAUAUUGUGAAUAAUAAUAGGUCAUAUUUCAUAGAAAUAUUGAAACACGGGACAGUUUCUUUAAUGAACAUAGAACUACAUUUUGGAGGUGGUGGCUUUGGUAUUAUGACGUCAGGACAGGUGGGAUCUUUUCUUACAAAUCAGACAAAGGACUAGUUAGUCUUAAAUUGACACUUAAUUCUUCUUUCUCUAUGAAUGAGAUACAGACCAGUCAAUGUGGAUACUGUGGCAUGCUCAUGGACAUUUUUGGAAGAUUGAAUGUAUUUAGUGCAUGAAUGAACAGGUGAAUGUAAUAUAGGUACAGCCAUGUGAGAAUGAGUGCGUGGAUAGAAUGAGCUGACAGGACAAAUGAAUUAAAGAUUUGACUAAUUACAUGAUGAUCUAAAUGUAUUAAUGAAUAGUUAGUUAUUGAUUGUGGAUAUGUGCCUCAAGUAAAGUUCAGUACAAUAACCCUAAAGAUUGCAGUAAACCAAGUCACGACUUCUAAUACAGCAACGUUCAAAAAAUAGAUUUACAUUCUUGAUUUUAGUUGUUGGGUAGUAGUUACAACACCGGGCAUAUUAUUAUUUUUAUGUACGGUUACUUUCUGAAAUGUCACUAUGCUGUCUACUGGACAUUUGCUACACUACUGCUGUUGGUUGCUGAUAUGUCAACUCUGAUGUUAUGUAGCUGACACUGGUUUACUGGGAUUUAUUUUUGAGCCUAAAACUCACUGAGACAUGACUUUAAAUGAGCCUCACCUUCUGCCUAUUAACUACCAUUAUGAUCCAUCUGUGUUCUGAAUGUUUGUCCAGAUACUUCUGUAUUUAUCUGAUCCUUUUAUUGGGUAGUGUACUGUUACUGGGUGUUAUCUAGCACAGGGGUGUCCAACACUUCUUCUGGAGAGCAUCUAGCACAGGGGUGUCCAACACUUCUUCUGGAGAGCAUCUAGCACAGGGGUGUCCAACCCUUCUUCUGGAAAGCUACUGGGUGUGCAGUCUUUUGUUUGAGCCCUGCUCUAACACCUAAUUCAACUGCUAAUCAGGGCCUUGCAUGAUUAGCUGAUAGCUUCUGAUUUGGUUGAAUCAAGUAGGGAUGGAAUGGAAGCCUGCACAGUGCACACCCAGUAGCUCUCCAGGAUGGCUGUCCUUCUGGAGGUCAAGGGUCAAAUCUGUUUGUCACUGUACAUAUGUCUGACAUGUUACAAAGCUGUUAUUUUGUCUGAGGGAUUUUUACAACUUAUCUCUGAAGUAAUUUAUAGAUCUAUUGUUACCGCUAUUAUUCAAUAAAUGGAUGCAUUUC